AUGCUGCUCCUCGGGCUGCUGCUGCUCACUGUGCUGGCCAGUGCCCACCUGCUGUGGGGCCAGUGGAAGCUCAGGGGCCUCCACCUCCCACCUCUUGUCCCUGGCUUCCUGCAUCUGCUGCAGCCCAACCUCCCCAUCUACCUGCUCAGCCUGGCUCAGAAACUCGGGCCCAUCUACCGGCUCCGCCUAGGGCUGCAAGAUGUGGUGGUGCUGAACUCCAAGCGGACCAUUGAGGAGGCCAUGGUCAAGAAGUGGGCGGACUUUGCCGGCAGACCCCACAUACCAUCCUACAAGCUGGUGUCUCGGUACAGUCAGGACCUUUCACUUGGGGACUACUCCCAGCUCUGGAAGGCCCACAAGAGACUCACCCGCUCGGCUCUGCUGCUGGGCAUGCGCUCCGUGGAGCCCCUGGUGGAGCAGCUGACCCAGGAGUUCUGCGAGCGCAUGAGAGCCCAGGCCGGCACCCCGGUGGCCAUCCAGAAGGAGUUCUCUUUGCUCACCUGCAGCGUCAUCUGCUGCCUCACCUUUGGAGACCAGGAGGACACCUUAGUACACAUCUUUCACGACUGUGUCCAGGACUUGAUGAAAACCUGGGACCACUGGUCCAUCCAAAUUUUGGACAUUGUUCCCUUUCUCAGGUUCUUCCCCAGCCCUGGCCUCCGGAGGCUGCAGCAGGCUGUGCAGAACAGGGACCGCCUUGUGGAGCAGCAGCUGAGACGGCACAAGGAGAGCAUGGCGGCAGGCCGCUGGAGGGACCUGACGGACUACAUGCUCCAGGGGCUGGGGGAGCCGCGCGUGCAGGCGGGCUCUGGACAGCUCCUUGAAGGGCACGUGCAUAUGUCUGUGGUGGACCUUUUCAUCGGCGGCACCGAGACCACUUCAACCACCCUCUCCUGGGCUGUGGCAUUCUUGCUUCACCACCCUGAGGUUCAGAAGCGACUGCAGGAGGAGUUGGACCGUGAACUGGGGCCUGGGGCCUGGAGCUCCCCAGUCCCGUACAAGGACCGCACUCGACUGCCCUUGCUCAACGCCACCAUCGCAGAGGUGCUGCGCCUGCGGCCGGUCGUGCCCCUGGGCCUGCCACACCGCGCCACGCGGCCCAGCAGCAUCUUCGGCUACGACAUCCCGGAGGGCACAGUGAUCAUCCCCAACCUCCAAGGCGCCCACUUGGACGAGACCACCUGGGAGCGGCCCCACGAGUUCUGGCCGGACCGCUUCCUGGCGCCAGGGGCGAGCCCCAGAGCGCUGGCGUUCGGCUGCGGGGCGCGCGUGUGCGUGGGCGAGCCGCUGGCGCGCCUGGAGCUGUUCGUGGUGCUGGCGCGCCUGCUGCGGGCCUUCACGCUGCUGCCGCCGCCGGGCGCCCUGCCCUCCCUGCAGCCCCAGCCCCGCUGCGGCGUCAACCUCGCGGUGCAGCCUUUCCAGGUGCGGCUGCAGCCCCGGGGAGCAGACGCCGGGGGCCUGGGCGAGUGCCAGUGA